CGCCGCUGGCUCUGGCGACGGAGACACGCUCGCGAGGUGAGAGAGCGGGAGCGCGCGAGCUCUGCGCCCUGACGGCCGUCGCCCGCCCGCCCCACGCUAUGAAGACCAAGUUCUGUAACGGCGAGACCGACCCUUCCCCGCUCGGGCUCCUGCUCGGCUGUAGCUCCGGCGGGGGCGUCCUCCCCGCCGCCGUGCAGCCCUCCUCGCCGCUGGCUCACGUCGAUCCUGAGGGGAAAGACCCGGCGGUGGCGGGCAGAGGCGGGGGCGCCACGACCCCGCCUUCCGCGCUGCUGCUGCCGCCGCCGCCCGAGGAGGAGCCCCCGCUGGACCCCCGAACGCGGCGCAAGGCGUAUCUGUGGUGUAAGGAGUUCCUGCCGGGGGCCUGGCGGGGGCUGCGGGAGGAGCAGCUGCGCAUCAGCCCCAUCAGAGGUGGCCUCAGCAACAUGCUGUUUCAGUGCUCGCUGCCUGAUACUGUUGAGACAGUUGCAGAUGAACCACGGAAAGUUCUCCUGCGCUUAUAUGGUGCAAUCCUGCAGAUGAGGUCCUGUAAUAAAGGCGAGUCUGUACAGUCUCAGAAGGAAAAUGACUUGCAAGGGGCAGAAGCUAUGGUCCUGGAAAGUGUUAUGUUUGCCAUUCUUGCAGAGAGAGCCCUUGGCCCAAAACUGUAUGGGAUCUUUCCACAAGGACGACUGGAGGAAUUCAUUCCUAGCAGGAAACUAAGUACUGAAGAACUAAACUUACCUGACAUAUCUGCUGAAAUAGCUGAGAAGAUGGCUAGAUUCCAUGGCAUGAAGAUGCCAUUUAAUAAAGAACCAAAGUGGCUUUUUGGAACAAUGGAAAAGUAUCUAAACCAAGUACUGAGGAUUAAAUUCACCAGAGAAUCCAGAACUAGAAAAUUUAACAAACUCCUCAGUUACAAUCUCCCCCAGGAAAUGAAAAAUCUAAGAGCUGUGCUUGAAGCUACUUCAUCACCAGUUGUGUUUUGCCACAAUGACUGUCAAGAAGGUAAUAUCUUGCUUCUGGAAGGCCGAGAGAAUUUGGAAAACCAAAAGCUGAUGCUCAUUGACUUUGAAUACAGCAGCUAUAAUUACCGAGGAUUUGACAUUGGAAAUCACUUCUGUGAAUGGAUGUAUGAUUACACGUAUGAGAAGUACCCAUUCUUCAAAGCCAGUUUUCUUAAAUAUCCUUCAAAGAAGCAACAGCUUCAUUUUAUCAGAAGUUACCUUCCUGCAUUCCAGGAUGGCUUUGAAAAUCUGACCAAUGAAGAGAAGUCCAAACUAGAAGAAGAAGUGUUGAUAGAAGUUAACAGGUUUGCCCUUGCAUCGCACUUCUUCUGGGGUCUGUGGUCAAUUGUACAAGCAAAGAUUUCCUCCAUUGAGUUUGGUUACCUGGAAUAUGCACUGUCCCGAUUUGAUGCAUACUUUGAUCAGAAGAAGAAGCUGAAGGUGUGACUGGGACGAGUGGCCUGUUCGUGCUGUAGGAGGAGGGCAGCUGGACAGAACUUACACCAUGCUUAGGCUACUGUAUCUCUAACGAAGGUGGCACUGAGUGCUGGUUCCUUGGAACACAGGUGUAUAGUGCUGAAGACUGUGUAAAAAUUACUUGUUUACAGUUUUGGAAAUACUUGGAGUGAGACUGGGAGGCAAAAGUAAAAUACAACAGUGCAAUAUCUUUUAAUCCUUUCUAUCUAGAAGGUAUUUUGUAUUCUGGGAGAAGCUUACAAUUAAGUGUCAAUGUCACAUACAUCAGAGCAAACAGUGUUACUGUGUUUUCUACGGGAGUGUUGGCAUUAUGGCUUCUGUAAGCGGAACAGUUGUAAAAGGUGAUUCAUUGUAGAUGCUGCCUCUUAAUGAGAAGGAAAAGUGAAGGAGACAACUGUUAAACUGAAGUAGGCUUAAAAUCUUACUCUGAGGUUAGGUUCAAUGUGCCCCAUGAACACUAAUCUUCAAAGCUGCUGAUCCAUUACACCACUUUUAAUCAUGAAGCAACUAAACAUGUUGAAGCAGUAGACUUCAAAGUAUUACCUACAUAUAUGUGAAUGUGUCUCUCCAGCCUGUGCCUGGGAAGAGAAGUACGAGUGGACUUUGAAUGGACCAUUCAGAACGAGUUUGUCUUGAAAUGUUCAUUCCGUGUCCUUCAAGAGCAUGUUUUGGCCUGUCUCCAAAUGCUGAGUCCCAUGCUGGGUUUUGUGGGCUGGCAGCAUGGGGAAUGUGCCUUGGACUACUCCAGCCACUCCUCGCACUGGCAUUGGCUCUGACACCACCCGUGGUGGCAGCCCCUCUCUCUCCUUGUGUUGCCACAGUGUGUGGCUGUGGGAAACAAUAGAGCCUAAGACUGGGAAACACUUGAGGAAAAGGCUGCUUUACCCAUCCGACACGUAUAUGGCUUGGGAGGUGCUUUUCUGGCACCUUUGGUUCUCGUUGUGUCUCAGCACCCUGUCAGGUGGAGCAUCACAUAGGGAACAGUAAUGUGUAUAUUGAAACUUGAGUAUUAUCUUGUGUACAUGCCAUCUAAAGAGCUCUUUAGAUUUUGGGGGAGCCUGUUUAUUUUGAAUGUUAUUUGUUUGUGCUUUCUUAACACACUGUAUGGUAAAUAAUAAACUUCUAAGUCUACCCUUUUCCACUUGUAUAGCAAAUACUGUUUUAAGCAGCUGAAAAAACAUGCAGCCUUUCAUGUACUGUAUAGCAUAACUUGUAAAAGCUGACAUUUUAUUCUCUGGACAGAGAAUUGUUUUCCAUAUGCUCAAUUAUUUCUUUAUAAUAAAAAGCACUUAAUAUAAA